AUGAAUUUAGGAAUUAUACAAAAUGUUAAACAGUUGUAUAGAAAACGAAUUUUAAUGAAAUUGUUAACCAAUACAGAUUCAGUUACUUUUACAACAAUAACAUUACUUGAUGCAAUUAAAGACUUAAACAAAACAUGGAAGGUAGAACGAACAAUCGCGAAUUGCUUCAAAAAGGCAAAGUUUGUUAAAAACGCCGAAAUGCUGGAAGAAGAUUAUUGGAACGAAGAGGAUCUUCAUCCCUUGUCUGAAAUGAGGUGCUUAUGGUCUUUAUAUGAAACCGCUGUAGAUAUGCACUGUUCAUUUGAUGAUUAUAUAAAUAUCGAUGAUGGUAUCCAUACAAUGGACGUUCCAACAGACAAAGAUAUUUUAGACAGUGUUAUGAGAAAAAUGAUUCCAGAUAAAAAUG